UUAUUUUUAUCGUUGCAGUACGAGUGUUGCAAUGUAUAUAGUCCUUUCUAAUGUCAAAAAAUUCCCUAUCAUACAGGAAAAGUUACAAGAAUAAGAUUGCUUACACCACAAGAUUACUAACACCAUAGAUAGUAUUAGGUAUAGUCACUAUAAUUAUUCUCUUAUAAAUUUAAGUCCAUUUAUUUUGUUAUGCAUUUGAGAUUGCCGAUCCGUUCGAACUUUGCACUGCGAAGUCAUAUUUUCCUUAUUUAUACCCUCACUUAUUUUUAUGAUGUUUACAAGUUAAAUUAAAAAUAAACAUGUUUUCUUGAAGAAUUUGUAUUUGGUACAAACACUUCAAAGUUCUUUUCAUAAUUUUAUGUGAUUUCUGUUGCAUAUAAUUAUGUUUAAAGGUUACAACAUUAUUGCGUUUUUCUUUAUUUGUAAAUAUUUAUCUGUGACAGGACAGAAUGAUUGCGACAAUAAUAAAUAUAACUACGUGCAGAUCAUUUGUGAUACCAGUGACUGUAAAACAAUAACUAAUAAUUCAAAUAUAACCUUAACAACAAAUGAGUACUCAAAUGUAGACUUCUGUAAAAAAGAAGAUAUUCCAAAUACUGUUAAUUUUACAGUAGAAGAUGGAGAUGAAACUUCAAUAUAUCCUGCUAUUUUAAAUAUAAGUUUUACAUUACCAAGAAGAAAAUGUAUGUAUAGUUUAAUUCUAUUGGCAAAUGAGUUCAUUAAUGAAAAGGAUUGUGCAACUUAUAACUUCGAAAAUUUAUAUGAUAUGGAAGUACAUAGUUCUAAACGUAUUAUGUGUUUCUUCCCAAAUAGUACUCACUAUUUGGAAAGAAUAGACAAUAUGUCUUUUCCAUAUAUCUUUAAAGCGUGUUAUAAUGUGCAAUUUAAUUAUGGUCAAGACAAAUAUGUAAAUAUUAAAAAAUUCUUGAAAACGAAUUAUAAACGUACAGAAGUUACACACCCACAAUUUAAAUGUACAUAUGAGUCAUUACAUGAUAGUACAAAGGGGGAUAUACUGCAUUUUAACAUAAUACUUACAGUAUCACUAGUAUCAAAAGUAAUAUUAAACUUGAGUUUAUUGGACAAUUUAAAUGGACAAGAAGUCUGUGAUGGAAACAAUCUUGUGUCGGAAAAUAGUACUUGGAGUUUCAAAGUUUUGGAAGAUUAUAAAAACAAUAAGUCUAAUACAGUUAUGUUAAGCAGAAAGGAGUAUGUACGAAACCUACAGUACAAUAUUACACCUGUAGGGAAAGUAGAUUAUUGUAUUCUUACAUAUUUUAUUGAUAGGAGAUGCAAAAUUAAUAGUUUGUGGAGACCUCCUGAGAAUGCAUGUGCAGUAUAUAAAAAUUGCAACUUAGUGUUCAACCAGAAUGGUGGUCCAACUACUACAAACAAAAUUAAUAUAAGUAUCUUCUUAUACUGGAUACUAAUUGGUACUUUAUUAAGUAUAAUCGCAAUGUUUGUGAUUAUAUAUUUCAUAUAUAUUACAAACAUAUGCAUAUGUAGAAAAAAAUUCUGUAGAAAAAAAAAGCAAGAAAAAGUAUAUAAAAGUCUUCCUCCUAUAAGGACAGAUGUUGUAUUAUUAUAUUCUAAAGAUUCUGAAUCUUUUAUGGCUCUAAUGGCAGAAUUUAGAGAAAAUCUUAGAAAAGUCUGUCAGUGUUCUGUUCAUGAUUGGUAUGAUGCAAUGGAAUGUAAUAAUGUUGCUAUGAUUGGUGGUUCUGAGUGGUUUACUGAAAUCCUUAAUAAAGGUUUUCACAUUAUUUGGGUAGAUACACCGACAGCCAGGUUAUUAAUUACUCAAAGAUUUAGAGAUGAUUUUAUUGUUAAAAAUUGUAACGAAGAUAAUUUUGUGAAAAUCUGCGAUUUUCGUGACAUAGUAUUUCCUACAAUAUUUGAUUUAGCAAAACGUAAUAUUGACCACUCAAUAUCACCACAAAAUAAACACUUUAUCGUAAGAGUAAAAGGAUUUGAAAUUUUUGGAACUGAAAAUGAUCCAUUUCUUAACUUAUGUUUACAUAGACGUUACACCAUACCUCAUGAUUUAAACUUACUCUACUCAGAUUUAUCAUUAUUAGAAUGAAAUGGAGAUGUCAUCACAUUCAUGAAAUGAAGAAUCUAACUUUUAAAAUAUCAUUUGUAUUAUAC